UGAUCCACGGUUUUUUUUUUUUUAAAAGAUUUUCUUUUUAAUUAAAGAUUAUUUUAAUUACUUAAAAAAAUCUUCUUGAUGAUACAUACCAUUACGUCGCUGCUCACCCUCUAGAGAAUCUGUGUGUCCCUAAUCGAAGCAAGCUCAACGGUUCAACACUUGCAUCUGAGAAGAAAAUGUGAGAUCAGGCCGUGGAUUAGACGCGAGCGAGACAUGGGCUUAUGAAAUCAGUGACAUCAGCGAACCAUCACCGCCAAAAGAAUCAUCACGGCCGUCAAUUCUUAACUCCUUUCAAUUCGAACACGAUCAGGCCUACGCUACACCAUAAUAUUCCCCUUUCUCUCUCCGAGAAACGGACGGCGCCGGCGGGAACGAGAGCCGGUGGGAACCGUAUGGACGAAUCGUUGUUGGUCUAGAAGGAUCGCGGUGAUGAGAGGGAGCUUGUUGAGCCGUCGCGCGGCGCAGCGGCUCCGGCAACUCGCGAUCUACACCCUCGGAUCGGUCAAGAUCAAGCUCCUCCUUUCCUGCAUCAUCGCAUUCACGGUGUUCGCGCUCCUGAGCGGCGGCUCGGGUUUUAUGGGAUGGAACAACCACAGCGCUGCUCUGGACCAAUUAUCCGUUCCACGGAAAGGAUAUGCUAUUGUAAUGAAUACAUGGAAAAGAUAUGAUCUUUUGAAGGAGUCCAUUUCUCACUAUUCGUUGUGUCGUUGGCUUGAAUCUAUUCAUAUAGUGUGGAGCGAGCCUAAUCCACCAUCGGAUUCUCUUAAGAAAUUUUUGAACCACAUUGUAGAGUCCAACUCUGGAGGUGGGCGACGAGUUGAACUGAAGUUUGAUAUCAACAAGGAAGACAGUUUGAACAAUAGAUUCAAAGAGAUUAAGGAUUUGAAUGCAGAUGCCAUUUUUUCCAUUGAUGAUGAUGUUAUAUUUCCUUGCUCCGCAGUCGAUUUUGCAUUUAAUGUUUGGCAAAGUGCACCCGAUACAAUGGUGGGAUUUGUGCCGCGUGUCCAUUGGGUUGAUCAAUCGAAAGGCGGCAUUGAUUACUAUGUAUAUGGUGGUUGGUGGUCAGUUUGGUGGACGGGAACUUACAGUAUGGUACUCUCAAAGGCUGCCUUCUUCCACAAAAAGUAUCUCGGUCUGUUCAUGAAUGAAAUGCCAGCAUCAAUUAGAGAAUUUAUAACCAAAAACAGGAACUGUGAGGAUAUUGCAAUGUCUUUUCUUGUUGCAAAUGCCACUGGUGCUCCCCCAAUAUGGGUGAAAGGUAGUAUAUUUGAGAUUGGUUCAACUGGAAUCAGUAGCUUGGGAGGUCAUAGUGAAAGAAGAACCCAAUGCGUUAAUCGAUUUGUUGCAGAGUAUGGGCGAAUGCCUUUGGUAUCUACGUCUGUAAAGGCCGUCGAUAGCCGCAACAUUUGGUUCUGGUAAUGCAGUAAUUCAUACUUCCUUUCUAUUGCUGGAUGCCCACUCUUUUUGGUUUAGCACGUUGAGUAAGAGUUGUCCCGUUCUUUUUGGUUCCCGAGUUGUAAAAUAUUGAACUUUCUGCAUCAGUUAGUGUUUGUCGAUAGAAAUCAUCACAUCCUUUAGAUUGAUUCCUUGUAUUCUGAUCUUGUAAAACAAUAUGGAAGUUCCCAUUUCAGACUUAUACUAGUCUUCUGAAUAGAUUGAAGUUACUUUUUUUUU